AUGUCCAACUUCAUUCCAUCGACUUUCACUCGCCCUCCACCGCAGCGGGCGGACUCCUCCGACUCCCCUCCCUCUCCUCUACCCUCAUCGCUCUACACCGACUGCCAGACCUGCCGAAUCACGGGGACGCUCACUUUCGCUGGAGUCGGACUGUACGCGAUGAUAGUAUCGCGGAGGAUGGCCAAGACGCAGGUCGGGAAGGGCGCGGCGAGCCUGAUGGGUCUCGGCUUCCUCACCGCCGCAGCAGUGCGAUGGACCGCAUACACGCCGCCGCCAGUCGUCGACGCUACGUCUGGACCAGCAUGA